CGUCACGUGACCGCGUCCCGGAAGCGCAGCAAAUCCGCCCACCUUCAGCCUGGAUGCGGAGGGGAGUGCCUGGAAUUAUGGCGCAGUCUGGGCUUGGGCAGGAUCCCGAGAGCACUGCUGCAGUCACCGUGCUAAAGCGGGCGGUGGAACUGGAUUCGGAGUACCGGUACCCGCAGGCUCUGGUGUGCUACCAAGAGGGGAUUGAUCUGCUCCUGCAGGUUCUGAAAGGCACCAAAGAUUAUACUAAGAAAUGUAAUCUCAGACAAAAAAUUUCCAACUACAUGGAUAGAGCAGAAAACAUAAAGAAAUACUUGGAUCAAGAAAAAGAAGAUGGAAAAUAUCACAAGCAAAUUAAAAUAGAAGAGAAUGCAACAGGUUUCAGUUAUGAGUCACUUUUUCAAGAAUACCUUAAUGAGACAGUUACAGAAGUUUGGAUAGAAGAUCCUUAUAUUAGAAAUACUCAUCAGGGCAUUAAGAAAGAGCAACAAAUUAGCGCCCUGGAAGAAAUAAAACAAUCACUCAGCAAUCAUGGAGUGCUGUUGGAAAUAGAAUACUCUUCUUCAAUACAUGACCGAGAAAUUAGGUUCAACAAUGGAUGGAUGAUUAAGAUUGGAAGGGGACUGGAUUAUUUUAAGAAACCACAGGGUAAUUUUUACCUUGGAUAUUGUGAUUUUGAUUUAAGACCAUGUCAUGAAACAACAGUGGACAUUUUUCAUAACAAGCACACAAAAAAAAUAUGAUGGGUAGUAGCCUAAUUUAUAUAUUUCUACUUUAAGUGAAUAUUGGAUUUUUAAAUUUUUGAACAGAUCAUUUUAUAAUGUAUAUAUUUCACAAUAAACUUACAUUUCUACUAAUUUAUGGAUGCAUUGUUCAGUUGUGGAACAAUCCUAAAUAUAUCUGUACAUAUAUUACUCAGUAGAUUUAUACUCUUUCUUUCAAGUCAUAUAGCUAAUUUAAACAUGUUUUACCAGCUUUUCUCUUAUUGAAAGAUAAGUCAACAAAUAAUGAGCAUCUAUUAUGAAGAUGAGUUGAAUUUUAAACUUGCCCUUGGGGGUGUUUUGAGUUUAGGAGGGAAAAUUGUCGUGGAUUAGCAUGCUUUUAAGAGACAUAUAUGCUUGCCGAUCUAAUAACCAGGAAAAAAAGUAUUCUGUUAAAAAAUGGAAAAAAAUACAAUGUUAAUUUUGUUAACAGUUAAGAAAGAUAAUUGUCUUUGGCAGACAUUUACCAACAUUCAGUUGUCUAAUAUUACCUAACCUAAAGGCAAAUCAAGCUAUUUAGUUAUCCAGAUACCUUUUGCAGCUCAUUUACUUUGGCUGGCAUAUUUGUGAAGCCGUGUAGCUUAGAAUCAACUGUUCUGGGUAAGCUCAUCUAUCCAGAUGCCAAUUGAGUGGUUGGGGACAAAGAAAAGGUUCCACGGAGAUGGGCUGGAAGAGGGGACGAAUGCUAGAGGACGUAAGCUUAAAGAACAAGCUAAGCCAAAGUCUGUAAGAGGAAACUUAGGUUCCAGUAUUCGGUAUUGGAGAGUGUACAUACAAACAUCACAUUUGGAGACCAUUCAGGCAGAGUUAAAUGGUGUGGAAGCCAUAGGAACAGAGUUGGACAGAGUGGUCUGGGCAACCUUGCACAUUAUGUGGAUUAAACAGCUAAUUAAAUUAAAAAUCCAUUUAAAAAAAACCCACUAAAUGAACUAAGCAUAACAUAAAACCUAGGAACUGUAAAGGAAAGAACAAAAGAUAUAUAAAUUUUUAAAACUUGAGUAAAAAAAACCAUAAACAAAGUUAAAAAACAUGAAAGAUAAAAUUUACAACAUACAGAAAAAGUUAACAUUUCUAAUAUAUAAGUAAGAUGGCCAGAUUUUUGGCAGUGACCUUGACCUGACCUCCUUUAGCCUCCCCAAGGACUUGGUCCUGAGAGCACUCUCUUCCUGCUUUACUGCAUUAUUCCUGCCAGUACACAUCCCCAGCCAGAUGCCACCCUAUUUUUUGUUCUCCUUCAUGAAUGAACUUCUUGAAAGAGUUCUUUCUAUACAGGUUUUUCUCAUUUCCUCACUACCUAGUCACACACACUUCAACAUACUUUAAUCUAGCCACCCCAGUUACUCCACUGAAAUUGCAUUUGUUAAUGUCAUGACCUCCAUACCACCAUAUUACCUGACCUUUCAGGAGCAUUUGACCCGGUUGGCUGCUCCUCUCUUGAAAUUCUCAAUUUUCAUGAAACAUACUUUUCUCCUUCAUCCUACCUUUUAAAUACUGGAAUUCCCCUAAACUAGGUACUAGGUAGUAACCUCAUUUUUUUCAGUUCACACACUGUAAGUGAUUACACCAGUAAGUGCUCUUAGUAAAAAGCAACAAAAAUUGCUACUACCUAAUGUAAGCAAAAAGGGAUUUAUUAUAAGGAUAGUAGGUAGUUGAGCUGUAGACUGAGACGUGGAGGCUUUGCAGUGAAAAAUCACAUCUAGAAUCACAGCCCAGAACUAAUCAGAUGAUACCCUUGCUGACCCUGAUACAAGAGUUGGAUGCAGUAGCCUGCGUCACAUCACUGGCAUGGGACGCUACCAUUGUCUGCCUCACUGCCUUUGUUACCCAAGAAAUUCAGGCUCCUGGCAUUACUGCUAGGGAAGGGUUCUCACCAUCCCAGAUUUUCUGCAUCACUAGCUUCUGAUUCAAAGUCUGGAGCAGGUGAACCUGAUUGGCAGAGCCUAGGUCAUGUGCCCAUUCCCUCAUUUCAAGGGAGGCUGGGAAAGCGUAUAUUUCCAUGGAGGGAAGUGGGCUCUAGUUCCCACAAAGUUUUUUUUUUUUUUUUUUGAGAUAGAGUCUCACUUUGUUGCCCAGGCUAGAGUGAUCCCACCAAGUUUUAUAAGGUGGAAAAUUCCCCAAGCAUAAGGGGAUUCAGAUGCUAAAUGGUUUACAUUUUAAAUUUUAGAUUAAUUAUAAAAGUCCAAAAUUGUCCAUUUUCAUGACUAUUUAUAUGCUGUCAACUCUCAAAUUUACAAAUUAAGCCAACUUCUUGGAGUUCUAAUUCAACUGCCUAUUUGACAUGUCAUAUGGCAUCUCAGAAGCACACAAACAGUAUACCUCCACUGAAAUUUUGAUACACAUUCUCACAUUCCACAUGUUUACUCCCACCACCCAGCUAAGAAAACUAGGAGUCAUUUUUACUUCUCUGUCUCAUCCCCAUAUGUAAACACUCAAAAAGUUCUGCGGAAUCUACCUGCAAAAUAUGCCUUGAAUCUGUUCCAGGUGUUGUUUCCUCACAUUUCUUCUGGAAUUUGAAACCCUUAACACCCUUCAUCUGAUGAUAUCCUCGCUCUUGAGGAACAGAUGGUAUUACUGCACCAAAGCACAUUUUAUCAGGAUUUUUAUACUUUUCGCAGAGAAUAAUUUUCAUGUGUUGCAACAAGUAGUGUUUAAAAAUAUGCCCAUGAGAAAUCUCAAAAUUGUGUUUACUUGGUACUUAAUAUUGCUGCUAAAAAAUAAAUGCACCUGCCCAUUAAACGUGCCUCAAAUCAACAGCUAAACUGCUAAUUAUGUUAGUCCCAGGAACAACUUGGAAAGUAAAAUCCCCUUCACUUAACUCCACCCUGACUCUGAGAUAACCAGUUGUAGGCAAAACCCUGUAUGUCCAUUUCUUCUGUUCCUCAACAAAAGGGGGGGGAGGGUGUGGGGGGGUAGAAUGGAUCCAUUCUGAUAUAUGAAAAGAAAAUAAUUCAUAAAAAAGAGGACUGAAAUCAAUUUGGUGAUAUUCAAAUACUAUAUUACAUUGUUUCAGAGGUCUCUCAGGGUCCUGAAACUCCUGUGUUUCAGGCUGAAUUAUGCUUUCCUCCCCUGUCAAAUUCAUAUGUUGAGGUCCUUACCCCUAGUACCUCAGAAUGUAACCAUAUUUGCAGAUAACGUCUUUAAAGAGGUAACUAAGUUAAAAUGAGCUCUUUAGGGUGGACCCCAAUCCAAUAUGACUGAUGUCCUUACAAGAACAGGGAAUUGGGACACAGAUAUGCAUGCACCCAGAGGGAAGAUCAUGUGAGGACAUGAGAAUGUGGCUGUCUGCAAGCCAAGGAGAGGUCACAGAAGAAAUCAGACCUGCUGGCACUUUGAUCUUGGACUUCCAGCCUCCAGAACUGUGAGAAAUACCUGAGAGUGUCAUGGCAUCUUUAGCAAACUUAUACUCUCGCAUUGUUUCCUUUUUGAAGAACCAAAGUUAAGCCCCACCCUGUAAACAGGAAUCAUCUCUAAUUUUUGACAAGUGCCGAAUAACACUGUCCACUUCUUUCCGUAGCCAUUGCCAGCAACAUCUCUUGUCUGGACUCUUACAGUAGUCUCCCAACUAGCUCUCUGCUUCCUAUUUUGCCUUAUACCAAUACAGACCAGCCAGAAUAAUCUUUAUAAAAAUGUCUUCUCAUUGCACUUAAAAUAAAACCAAGCUCUUCUUUGGCUUAUCAGUCUCUACAUGACUUAUCACUCCAACUUCAUCUUGCUCCAUUCUCCCCUUUGAUCCCACACUUGAAUCUGCCUGUAUCUCUUUCAAUGCCUUAAAUAAACCUAGCUCUUUCCUGCUUUAGGGACUUCCUCUAUGCUGUUGUGUGGCAAAUUGUCCCUUACCAAAAUGGCUACAAUAAAAUCUCCCAUUCCAGAAGCUCUUGUUAUAAUGUCUUUGACAUUCCUCCCAUGGAAAUGUGGGAGGAAUGUCACCUCCUAUUCCAUUUUGAUGUGCUUGUGACAACAGAAGUGAUACUAUGUUAAUUCUAGGGCUAGGUCAUAAAAAGGAAACAGCUUCUGCCCUGCUUUCUUGGGUUACUAGGUCUGGGAACCCAGCCACCAUGGAGUGAGGAAAUCCAGGCAGCCCAAGCAGAAAGGAGCUGAAGCCCUUAGCUCACAGCCCCAGCUGAGCUCCCAGCCAGUGGCUAGAACCAAUGUGCUUCCAUGUUGGAAGUGGAUGUUUCUGGCCCUGGUUAAACUGUUCUAGCUAAUGCUGUUGAAUCAAAUGGGUCAUAAGAUCAAUCUUUAGAAAAGGAAAUGAAAUGGAAUAUAAAAUAUCAGAGAAGUAAAUAGUGAAGGAUAAGCAUUGUAUUGUGAAGCUUGUUAGAUAAGCUUUGCUAGCUUUGUUACAUGAAUGUGUGUGUGGGCUGGGGCACAAUGUAAAAUAUAUUUUUUACUCCAAUUUCACUCUAGUUUUUAAAAAGUUUGAAAGCCACUAUACUAAACUGUCAAUUCGUGAGGUCAGAAAACACGUCUCUUUCACUCACCACAGACAUCCGACUACUAGCACAGUGCCUGGCACAUAGGAGGCACUCAAUAUCUAGUAAGUACUGUAGAAAUAAAGAGUAUGUGAAUGAGUGAACUGUAGAGACAGGAAAGGGCUAACAGCGAUGUUACUCUUUGAAGAAGUCUGGCAAUGGAGAGAAAAGGAAUCUCGAGCAGGAGAGUUUUGUGAAAAGGGAGAUGUAGAUAUAUUCAUUCUUAUAUUUAAGAAUUUAUAUUUAAGGAUCCAAUAAAAGUGAAGAGAGAAAAAAACACAAGAUAAGGAAGAUAUGUAAGUGAUGGUUUAAGGCCCAAACACAGGCAAGAGAGGACAAACUCCAGAGUAAAACUAGAGGGAUUAGCUUGAAGGAAAGGGAGAUAUUUCCUUCUCUGAUGCUAAAUGGGAAGAGAAAUGUUGAAGUAGAGAACAUUGGGACCAGAAGGGCUCAUUUCUGGUGUCAGCUCUCAACAAAUUCUGAAUCAAGGUUUGUGACAAGAGUAGUGGAAUUCUGAGCUUGAAAAGAGUGGAAACCUUUAGGAAUAAACCCUUUCAAGAAUAAGGAAGUCAAUCAGAGAUGAAAUGAAUCUGACACCAACAGAAAGAAGAUACACAAAUUGAAAAUUAUAAAUAUGAAAUUGGGCUAAUCUGCAUGAGAUUUCUGCCCCCCACCAGUAUUGCCUGUUGGAAUAAGUAAGAAAUCAACUGUUUAGAUUAAAAUUAGAAGCGGCUAUGAUAGAAGGCCAAGGGGAGAAGCAAAUGAGAAUAUUGGUAAGAUAAAGAACAGUAUAUUUACAGUAUAAUUCAGGCUAGGGUAGAAGGAAAAUAAAGCAAGAAGAUAUUAGGGAGGGGUUGAGGGCUUAGAAAAGUGCAUUGGGCUUGAUUUAGUAGGAUAGAAUGGAAAGUUAAGAAAAUAUAAC